AUGCGGUCACAACAAGACAAGCCUCAACAGCAGAAGCCACGUCCACGAAACAUCUUUCAACAACAACGAGAUGAGCGGUCUACUUCUUCCACCGAGAAAUCUUCCUUAUAUAAUUAUACCACGGACUAUAGUUCUCAGCAUACGCAACAAACUGAAGUCCGAACAAACCUUAGCAAACCUUCGUUGUUUGAAAUUGCCGAAUCCUCUGGCGCCACUCUCGCGGCAGCCGCCAUCUCACCCUUUGACGAAGAUCGACGAGGAUCGAGGGAACAUCGGGAACGAAGCUUUUUCGAAGAGCAUGAUGAUGAUAAUGAUGAUCUACGGGAGAGUCCAUCCGACGAAUUGCCGCUAAACGUUGUAGAAAAGGCAAUUGACAGAGUCUUGGAUGCUACAUGUGGCAAUGUGACGGAUACUUCUGGGUUAUUAGUUGGAAGUCUUUUGCCUCAGUCGUACUUGGAAACUGAAGGAAUGAUGCUGGAUGAAGAUGGAAUUAUCGAUCCGAUCAUACCAAAUCCCUUUGAAGGCCUUCGACAAGAAGUACGGCCUGUCUACGAACCCGCAUCGUUUCCAAAGGUGAGCUUUCGGGAAGUGAAGCUAGAUCCCAAGAAAACAGUAGCUUCAACGGCAAUGCAAUACCCUGAAUCACCUCGCCCUAUGAUAAAACCAAAGGUUCCGAACAAGACAUCUGCGUCACCGACGAAAGUGAAAUCGCCAAUCAGGUCUAUGGCAAACCGAGUUAAAUCAGUACAAAACAAGCUUUUCCGUCGGAAGAACCGCCCCAGUCAAGAAUCCAACACGAAGAAAGCUGAGUACCUCAAUGACAAGCGGGCGUCGAAACUCGACCGCUACACCCGAGCGCGAGCUCACAGUGAUACAAGUGAUAGUUCGAGAAGUUGGGUCAAACACCAUCGACGACCAUUGGACUGUCAAGACAGUCGGGAGGAUACAACCACUAAAUCGUAUUCGACAUCCACCGAUGAUUAUGUUUCAGCAACUAUGGCUUUGCACGAAUGUCCAUCGGUAAGAGAUGAACGAACCAACAGAGCCCAACACAAUCGUUCUAGCCGACGACGAAUGCAGAGUGAUGAAACCGAUACUAGUGACCCAAGCCUUCCACCAAGAUUGCCACUUCAUAAGAACAGAUUACGGAAUGACAAUCCAAGCGAUGAAGUAAGCGGGGCUCAUCACAAUAGAACGGUGAAUGUUCCAUCAACCGAUGGUUCCUCUUUCGGUUUCGGUGGGUCAGAGAAUCCAUAUUCUUCCGUCGUAAAAUGUGGCAGCAGUUCUAAUUCAUCUUCCACGUCAGUAUCCAACGAUCUGAUUCCUCAAGUCAGCGACUAUAUUCUACCGCAAGGAGGUUCAAGGCGGCAAACAGAUAUAAAAGAACAGAUAUCGAUGCUUCUUCAGGAGCAAGCUAUUCAAGUGGAAAGGAUAGCGAUAAUACGUGACCGACGAAUCCAAUCGGAUCCUGCAGGUCUCAUAGCGGUUGAUGAAAUUGGAAAACGAAGCGAUCCACCCGCUGUGGAGAAUGAGACUACCGUAUUGCGAAAGACCAUCAAGCGUAGAAGAGCUGUAUCGCAACCGAGUCCACAUUCGCACUAUCAACGUAUGGCACAGUUCUUUGUUCCAGUUCUAUUUCGUAUCCUUUCCAAGUACCAACGGAAAUCUUUGGAAUUUAAUAAUGAAACUGCGACCGCAGUAGUUCUAAGGUAUUCGUCUUCCCAAGAGUAUGUGCUUUCGGAAUUGGUAAAUGUCGCGGUGCUACUGAUGCAGCAAAGCAAUUCUGAAACUGUAAAAAAUGAGAGCAAACAGUCCAGUCGAAAACACAGGCGAAAAAGAAGAAGAAAAAGGUCAUCGGUAUUGGAUGAAUUAUGCAAUCAAAUUUCGGUUCUCGAUCAAAAGUUGUUGGAAAUUACGAGUGAUACAGCUGUCAAUGAUAAUGCAGCAAUCGAAGAUCAAGAAGCUUUAGUCGACUCGGAAGAAACUCCAUUCAUCGAGCAAAUUGACGACUGGUCUGACGACAGAGUACCGCCCGAAGUCGAGGGACUGCUUGAGGAGACAAAUCAUGUAGAAUUGUUUGCUGAAUUGCAAACGAAUGAUCCAGAAUUCAAAGAUUUGGUUGAGGCGGCAUACGUCAUCACCGAUCUUUCUCGGGAUGAGUUCAUCGACGCACACCACAGCAAUAGUAUGGAAGGCGACGAAGACGACGAUAUGGAGCAGGAAUUGACCAAUCUUUCAUUUGUUGAAGAAAUUAUUCAGUCAGAACUGUCCCAAGUUGAUUCGGGCGAGGGGACAUAUCAAGCUGCAUCUCUUGUUGAAGGGAUUUUCGAGACAGAAGUUUCGCCAGUUAGUUUCAGCGAAGGAACCUAUCAAGAUAAAUCUUUUGUUGUAGAAAUUGUCGAGACAGACGUUUCGCCAGUUAGUUCCAGCGAAGGAACCUAUCAAGAUGAAUCUUUUGUUGAAGAAAUUGUUGAGAUCGAAGUUUCGCCAAUUACUUCCAGCGAAGGAACCGAUCGAGAUGAAUCUUUUGUUGAAGAAAUUGUUGAGAUCGAAGUUUCGCCAGUUAGUUCCAGCGAAGGAACCGAUCAAGAUGAAUCUUUUGUCGAAGAAAUUGUCGAGGUAGAAGUCUCGCCAGUUGAUUCCAGCAAAGGAAUCUACCAAGGUGAAUCCUUCGUUGAAGAAAUUAUCGAGAUAGAAGCUUCGCCAGCUGUUUCGAGCGAAAUGACCCGUCAGGAAGACUCGGUAAUCGUUGAACUUUCCUCAAUAGGGCCAGGUGAGGGUGUGUAUCUAGAUGAAUCAGUUGUUGAAACCACUGGUGAGGCUAAAGUGUCUCGAGUUGCUUCGAGCGAACGGGACCACGAAGAACAGCUGGUCGUUGAAGCAUUCAUGAAUAUAGAAGCUUCUCAUAGUUAUUCGAUCGAAGGGAUCCACCAGAAAGAUUUGAUCGUUGAAGAUACUAUCGAGAGAGAAGUUUCCAAGGUUGAUGCAGCCAAGAGGACCGUGACAUUCGAUAUUGAAACAGAAAAUCAAGAGACGAAAGAUUCUACACCACCAGCUGUUGAACGGGAAACCAGAGAAUUGUCCAAGAUAAUGUGCUUGGAAGCAGCGAAGGAGUCACCAUGGGAGAAUAAUAUGUUCCCGGAUGAUGAACUACAAUUGGAUGCCAUCAUGUUUCCUGAGGACGAAAUGGAUAUGUUUCCGGAUGAUGAAAUGAGUUCGAUUGACCAACUAGCGAAUGCAGCUACUCCUAUUGCGGCAAUUCCAAUGUACACUUCAAUUUCUAGACAAGAGCAAAAGUGUGACGACAUUUGGAACCUUAUAGCAGUCCCAACACACACAACAACGUCUAGACCAAAGCUAGAGUGCGGAAAAGAUUGGAACGAGAAAGAAGAUGACGAUCUUAAUUUUCCGGACCUCUUAUCUCUGCCGUCAGAUGAGCGAGAGGCAGUCACCAAACCAUCAUGCUCUUAUAUUGGUCCGAAAUACAUUUCGGCCGCAACAAAGGAGCGAUCAUCAUUCAAAGGAACACACGUUCCUAGAGAAGUUGAAGGCACGGGCGAACAGCUGGCAUCAGGAGUAUCUCUUUCAUCCCGAUUCAUGACUCGACAGAAAUACAAAAACGAAGCUAUUUCUCGUGCAGCUGCACAUAUUCCAAGAGAAAAGGAACCAGACACAAUUUCAAUUCCGGUUGACGGUAUUCCGAAAGAACGAGAAAUGGUGUCUCUUCAACCUGCUCUUGUCAUUCCCGCCGGCGGAGAUCAAGACGAUACAACACUGGAGUCAAUGCCAUCGGAUGAAGCUAGUGAAGGCAUAAGCGAAACUGAAUCCGUGGGGGCUGGCGAGCUCGCCGACACGCCGAAACAAAUCAAAAGGAAUGGUGUCGAGACAUCCGUUGUUGAAUGUAUCGACGAGAAUCCAGCUGUUGAAUUAGUUGUUGCUCCUACAUCCCCUGUGUUAUCUCGUUUGCCAGACUCCAAACAGACUAUGCAACAACUCGAAACUACGCGCUCCUGUGAGACGGAAGAAUCGGAUCCGAUUUGUGCUGCCGUCGACAGAAAAUUAGCAGAAGUAAGACAAAAUGGUAUUCCAGACCCAGAUGAUGAAAUGAUAAUGGAAUCAAUUGGGAUGUCGUUGUCUAUGAAUUCAGCUUCGAAGACACCAAAAUCCACAGCUUCUGGCGUUGUACCAGAUCCAGACGAUGAUACGAUUAUGGAGACAUUUUUGUCUCCAUCUGGAUCUUUCCGUCGGAAUGAUAGCAAGAGAGUCGAUGAAAGUGACGCGAACAACAAAAUUGUCAUGGAGACAGUUUAUUUAGCGGAGUCUGAAAUGGUAACUGAGAAGCUCUUUACUGUGUCAGAAGAGGGUACCACUUCCAGUUCACCGUGCAAUGCUUCUCGACAAACUACUGCUACUAAAGAAAAGGAUCGAAAGCUAGAAGAGAGUCAUACUUUGGAAGGACAAGUGCGUGCAGCGAUUGUGAAGUUCAAUGGUGUUGGUUGCUCAACGGCUUCAAGCCACAUAGAAGCUGGUGUCGGAAGCCAAGAUAAUCGCCCAGCUUUGGCAUCAAGUCCUUCACAUUCAAUCAAGUCGAAGAGGGUUCCUAGGGUUCAAUCAUUGAGCAAAAAUAGGAGUCCUGGAAAGCAAUCUAAACCAAAUGGCAGCCAUUCAAAAGUUAAUGCGGCGGCUUUGAUAGCUCGAUUUGAAGCGGCAACCAGUCCAAAGAAUAUACUAGGAGUUGAUCCCGUGGUAUUGGAAGACGAAGGCGAUAUGAGAGCAUCAGCAGUAUCGACGCUAAGAGCGCUGGCUUGUGAUACCCCUGCCACGAAUGAGAGCGAGGACAUAGUAAUUGAAGGUUUCAAGCAUUCGCACCCGAAUGAGAAAGAUUCAUUAGAAGCCCAAUCGACCAACGAAUGCGAUUCACCUGUUGUGAAGCUAUCAUCAGAACCAAGACAAGGGGCCUUCUACGACAAAAUUCCAAACCUUCUCUCUCUAUCUUCACAGUCGUCACAACCUAAAGUUUCGAAAACUGGACAUUCGGGAAAAUGUGGUGGUAUUUCAAACUCUCCAUCGAAAGGUGAAUCGAAAGGUGAAUCGAAAGGGGGCAGCAAGAUCAAUCGAAUUCGUUCGCAAUUUGAAUCCAAUGUCUCGAUGAAAAAAGACCGACCCACUGACACUUCUCCAUGUAAAAAGCUAGGAUACAAAGGUGUCAGGCAAAAUGACCAGACAAAACCUUCAAAACUCCAUUUGAAGUUACCUACUAAUAAGCAGCUUCCCCUGCAUGGAUUUGUUGAGGCCGCAAGUAGGAAAGAUGGAUCGAAGAACGAGCCCUUGAUUGACAAAGUGAAGCCUCCAGUGCAUCAGCAGUCAAAGAAUUUUCCUUUCAGCCCUCUAGAUGUUGAGGCCCUGAACGAAUCACUUCUUCAAAUCCAUCGUGAAGAAAAGGACAACCAAAGAGAUAGAUUGCCUGAACAUCAAGAUGACGAGGAUACGGCAAGUGAUAAUGACGAAUCAACAGCACUGCCCAUCAGAGAACUACAGCUCAAAGAGAUACCCUCAUUGGUCAGCGAAUUGGAUGUUCCAAGGGUCACAAUGUUUUCAAGCGGCAUGUGCAAUUGUUUGGGGGCAGUAGAAGGAAAGAGUUCGAACGGUGACAACUCGAUUGAGCAGCUGAAGAAAAUCGGGCGACAAAAGAAAGAUCAAGCACCAGUACAAGUGAAAGUGUCAAACCUUGAUGAGUUUGUUCCAAAUGUGUUCUCAAUGGAUGGAAUGUUGGAUGACAAUAUGCAACGUACUGCAGAUGCAGCUGUCAAGGCCCUUGAACUAGUUUUGGCGAAAGGAGCAGCCAACGCUGCAACAGCGGCCGCUGCGAUAACACAAAAUGAGAGCCAACCUUCAUGUUUCAAAGACUGCAUGACACCUAUGACGGAAGGAUCUUUCAACGCCUUCUCGCAAGCAGUUAUUCCCAAGACAGCAAAUACUCGGAUGCUCCAGCAAGGCAACGAGUAUUCUUUGACACCGGAAGACGACAAAUCGAAGGGAAAAGAAGAUACGAGAAACGAUGCACAAUUGAAGUCGACGUCCAAGGAAACUGCGAGAUCGCCACGAAAGAAACCACUUCAUGAUUUCUUGGCCGUGACAGAUAUCCACGAAUACGACGACACCGAUGAUUGGGCGCGAAUCGCGAUCGAAGAAAACAAUGUCGAUGACUUGAUUGAAUCACUUCGGUCUAAGUCGUCUGAAUUGGAUCCCUUCAUGAAUGUUAGUUUUGAUCCGUCUACUCCUAUGACUAACCGAGAUUAUGUGUCGAGAAAAGAUACCCCAUUCUCUCCAAUAUCUUCAGAUUGGACAGGAUCAGCUGGGCGCUUGGGUGUUCACCCAGUGUCCGUCGCGCAGAGAGAUGCAUGGUCGAAACGAAACCUACUGAGUGGGACUACUACGUUCUCGUCAGAAGAAGGUUCUGAGCAUUAUUUACAGCCGCAUAGUCAGCAGUCCGAGGAUGGCGGAGAUUUCGAUGCGCGAAAAGUGGACAUUGACUUUCAUUUUGAAUCGCCGGCUAGUUCUAUCCGGGGUCCGUAUGAUCGUAUGAUAAAGAAACAAGUGCAGCGAGGCCGAACACCAACAAGUAGAACACGAACAGCAACAAGUAGAACACGAACAGCAACCAGAAGCAGAACACAUACCCGCUCCAUUGACCCUCUUCCUUCCGGACGGUUGGAGCGAGAGAAAGGUUCCAUUUCCACACGAAAGCGAGAACCUGCAGCUAAAAAAUACAACCGCACGGAUCAGCACGGUGUUGUCACGGGGAAAAAACAAGAGCGACCUGACUACUAUGACUUUCCAGCCCCGCCAUCACUGGAAAUCUCGGAGCUGACCAUGUCCGAAGAAGGGGACACGGCACUCAUGAUGAAAAGUCAGGACCACGUAAAAGCAUUGAAGUCCUUCCAAGAAAGGGAGAAUCGAGUAGGUGGAAGUUCCGAAUGGCUAUACGACAGUAAACGAGGGACUAGAACGGCAACUGCAAAGCAAGGGGUUGGGGUUGAUAAAGAGCCUACUUCAUCAUCUUCCAUGUGGUGCAGCGAAUCACUUGGAACUAUGAUUCAAGAUUGUUUCCCAACAUCCCAACCAACAACAACCACCAAAACUAUCAAGGAGGCACCACCAACGGAAGUGGUGGCAACUCCCCCAGAACGGCGGCGGAAGAGGGCACCAGAUGCUCCUCCGACGGGCCCAUAA